UUAAAAAAAAAAAAAAAAAAAAAGCCUCAUUUACAGCUGAGAGAAAAGGUCUCUGCACAGAGCCAGGAUUAGGUGAUUGUAUUGAGGUUACACUCUCUAAUUGCCAGCUUUUAAAAUGGCUGAAGAAUUUAACGUGCACCAAGAUGAGCAUAGCUAUGAAGACAACUAUGAUUACAUCCACAACUGGACAGACCUUGAGUACUUUCUAAAUCAUACAUUUUCAACAUGUGAUGUUGACUUAAAUGAAAAUGUAAAGCAGGUCAUUUUGUUUAUACUUUAUCUCGUAAUAUUUGUUAUGGGUUUGGCUGGAAACCUCCUUGUAUUGUGGGUCAACUGGCAGUCCCAAAGAAGCAAGAGUUCAAUCAAUCUUUAUAUUUUCAACAUGGCUGUGGCAGACCUCGGAGUGGUCUUUACCUUACCUUUUUGGAUGUUAGAGACCAUGCUUGAAUACACUUGGCUGUGGGGUGGAUUCUUAUGCAAAUUUACUCACUACUUCUAUUUUGCCAACAUGUACAGCAGUAUUUUUUUCCUGAUGGCCUUAAGUGUUGACCGCUACUUUACUCUGGUGUCCUCAUCAGUUUUCUGGAGACAAAAUCAGCAAAGGAUCCGUCGGGCUCUUUGUAUUGGGAUCUGGGUACUAGCUGGUAUAUUCCCUUUACCAGAGGUGGUUCAUAUGAAGCUGAUGGAUGCAGUAGAACCUGUCUGUGUUUUCAUGGCACCACUUGAGUCCUAUGAUAAAUGGUCCAUAGCUGUGAGCCUACUGACUGUUAUUAUAGGGUUUCUGAUUCCUUUCUCAAUAAUCCUUGUUUUUAACCUAAUGACUGCCUAUUACAUUCGUUGUUCUGGAAGACCAGAAAGUCGAAAACACUGUUGCCUCAUCUAUGCUUAUAUAUUGACGUUCCUGUUUAGCUGGCUUCCAUACCAUGUGACAUUGUUUGCAUUAACCCUGCACGGGAGCUACAUAUUCCUUCACUGCCAGUUGGUCCAUAUCCUAUAUUUUUUCUAUGAGGUGAUUGAUUGUAUCUCAUUGCUCCACUGUGUGGUAAACCCAAUACUCUACAACUUCUUCAGUAAGGACUUCAAAGGCAAAUUCAUAAAUGCAGUGGUUAAAUAUAUUCCCAAGGAAAAAAUAACCGGUGAUGGAAAAGAAGAGCACUCCACUUCAACCACUGACCACUCCAUAGUAAUAACCAAGGAGGGAACUCAACAGACCAAUCAUAUGCACCCACUCCCUAUACCAUGAACAUAUUAUCCUGGAAGACAGAAUAAUUACUAUAGACAAAAGGUUAUUUGUUGUUUAUCAGUUAUAUAAUCCUCCAUACUGUGGCUCUAUCUCUUAAUAUGUGUACAAGUUAUAUAAUGCAUUAACCACAAAUUCUAGUAACAAUACCUUGAUCCUGUUAUCUGGAUAAAUACAGCACAACCUCCUAUACCAGGUCAAUGACAUCAUGCUAGGCAAAGGGGGGACGGUUUUCAAAGUCAACACUACAAGUUCCAACAUCCUAAAAGAGCCAAAGCCUGGUCUUUCAACAGUGCCUGGAAGCAUGCAUGCUUACUAGGCUAAUAGCCAGAUUUAUAGGCCAGUUAACAUAAUGUUGGAAUUACCCUUCUGUACCCCAGCACAACUCUUUCAUAUUGGUUGCCCUGCUUUUUUUUUUUUUAAUUAAUAGCCAUAGGAAAUAAAAAUAAGACCUUUCCCCAGUAAGUACACAGGCUAAAAGUUUUCAUGACUGUACUACUAUAUCAGUGGAUCCAAAAUGUUUUUUUAUGUAAAUAUAGAAAUAGGGAGUGAGAAAAAAUUGCUUAUUUUUUUAAAGUAUGUUGAUAAGUGAUUUGAAGAUUAUACAUUAGCUGAUCUGUGAUAUUACCUGUAUAUUAUAUUUUUUUAGUAAUAUAUCGGCCACAAUAUAUUGUUUAAGCUGUUAUACUAAAAACCUGAAAUAUUUUCAUCCAAACAGCAAAUAGGUUUCCCUGCAGUCCUAUGCACAAACAUUACUUUCUCUGCUGAUUUUCAGCCAGCUGGCUUAUAAAACAUUUAGGCCAAUAGACAGUUAAGAAAUCUGGCCCCUGUGCCAUCAACAGGACCUCCAGCAGGCCAGCUCAGGCCUAGGUGUAUGGAGAUUUUUUUAUAUUAUAUUUUGCCAGCUGAGCAUGGAGAAGUGGAGCUGACACAUUACUGGACACAGCUUUCCUGAUAAAGCAAACUACUGCUGGGAAUCUGCUCAUCUCUCCAUAUAAACUGUAUAUAUUCUGCUUGCACACUGGACACUACAGAGAACUGUCACUCUAACCUCUAUGAAGGGAAUCAAAAUGGCCUCACCCUCAUAUGUGAUAUAUUCCUUUAUUUUAUACAGCUUUAGUAGCUGUACACCCAAUACGCUCAAAUCAACUGUAACGUCUGCAGCGUCAUUCAAAGUAUUGACUUCCUGUGCUUAGUUAUCACAUCCAAUGGGAAAAGGGGAUCAGCGUUAUUUAAAUGUGUACAUAUGUAACCUAAUGUUGUGUGCCAAAUAUACAUAAACAUUUAUAUAUUAAACAACAUUUAUCUCUGUACAGACAGCAGUUGCACAGCAAUGGACGUCUUCCGGUCUCCGUGCCAUUUUAUUGACAGAUUUGAAGUUGCCAGUUCAAAGCUAACUUGACUAAAGGGUAAUGUGUUUGUGGAGCAGCAUAGACUGCUCAGAACUUAUACAUGGCCAUCUAAUAUUGUGUUUGAUGUAGCAUUUAAAGGAGAAGGAAACCUGCAGUCACUGGGGGAUGUCAAAUGUUAGGCACCCUCCAGUUACUGUAAUCGCUUAUCUGAUACCCCAGGUCGGUGCUCCUGCAGAAGAAGAGGAUUGCAUCUUGGUGCUUGUGCAGAGGCACCCGGAACAUUGCAGUUUUCUGCCAACAGGAGCACUCACCUGGGGUAUUGGGUAAGUGAUUACAAUCACUGGGAGAAGGGGGAUCUAAUAUUUAGUACAUUUAGUACUAGGAAAGUUUUCCUUCUACUUUAAGUAGGGUGAAUAACUGCUUUAAGAAUAACUAAAGGGUAGAAGGGAUUAAGAACUUCAUCAAGCAGAGGAUUUAUACACACAAAAAGACUGCAAAUCCUUUAUCGCCGGUAUAUGGUUCCUAUUACUAUAUUGUCUGGUAUGAGAUUAAUAGUCACUAACACUAAAGUGAAAUCAAGUGUGAGAACAGUCAGGAGUUGGCAUGUGCUAAAAGCAAAGGUUUUCUUAUAUUUAUUUUGUGAAAUAUAAAUAAUGCAGUAUUAAGUCAAAGCUGUGUUUCUGCACAUUUGUUUCUUUUCUGCAUGCCUGUAUUUAUAAUUGAGAUUUGCCACAUAGUUUCUCUCAGUAGAAUCACUUUAUAAUUAUUUCAUAUUACAUUUUGUUACUAAAGAUUAAUGGGAAGGAACAGGUAUCACAGAUAUAUACAGAGACUGUACAAGAGAUUGUGAGGACCCUCCAUGCUAAGAGACUGUAUUUGUAAAAGUAAAUGGUGACAAGUCAUUUUAGAAGUACAUAUGAGAUAUAUCUCAGCCAGCUUGCAGACUGGUCCUGAUGAGCACUCUGGAAAAAUAAAAAGCUUGUUGGUUGGAGAGAA